UAUAUAUAUCAAUCAUGGCAAUCAACUUUUUAGCCAUAGUUACAGUCUUCCUAACCAUUCUACACCUCACAUCCGCCGGCGACCCGGAUAUCCUGACGGACUUCGUCCUGCCACCGGACGUCCAAUCAGCCGACCCAAAUUUCUUUACUUACACCGGCUUCCGAUCCCUGGUGAACGCGCCGCCACCGGCCGCCUUCAAGGUGACGAAAGCCAGCAUGGCGGAGUUCGCCGCCCUGAACGGGCAGAGCGUCUCCUACGCGGUCCUGCAGUACCCGGGCGGGAGCGUGAACCCGUUGCACACUCACCCGCGCGCGUCGGAGCUGCUGUUCCUCACCAUCGGCACGCUGGAAGUGGGAUUCAUUGACACCACGAAUAAGCUCUUCACCCAGACGCUGCAGACGGGGGAUUUGUUCAUUUUCCCCAAGGGGCUUGUUCAUUUCCAGUACAAUGCCGACCCUGACAAACUCGCCGUCGCUGUCUCCGCCUUCGGCAGUGCGAAUGCCGGCACGGUUUCGAUUCCGAGCACGGUGUUUAAUACCAGCAUUGAUGACGCCAUCUUGGCCAAGUCUUUCAAGACUGACGUUUAUACCAUUCAGAAACUCAAGGCUGGUUUUGCACCAAAGCCUUAAUUAACCUCUUGUCCUUAAUAUAAUGCUAUCAUACAAAUAAUUCUCCUGUGCCAUUCUGAAUAAUAUUGUAAUAAUGAUUAUAUACACACACAUAUAUAUAUGUAAGUCAUACUGCCACAUGUUAUGUUUGCUAGCUAGCUGCUGUGCAACUUAGCUCCAUGAGCCUCCGUGGCGCCCCCCCUAGUUAAGAAUGAAUGAACUGGUACUUGACUAUCUCUUGGCGUUUGGUUGGAUGUAAUUGGAAUUCUUUUCCAACAUAAUUCAAUAGUCCAGGAAAAAAAAAUAGGAAAUUGACAUAUUUGUACUCAAUAAAUAUGGAGAAUGACCUUUAUCAUCCGCACUAAAUUAAGGUAUACCCCAUCCAUAAGCUUCC